AUGUCAUCUGUGGCGAUUGUUUUUGACCUUCGCUACACGGACUGGGACCUCUUCGAGUCAGCCAGGGAAACUUUUGUCACAGCUGUGGGCGAAAUGCUGGCACUGUCACGUGCCGCAUCUUUUUUGCGAGGGGAGCCGUGGUUGCGUGUGGAGAUUUUUGCAGCCAAUGGAACUUGUCUCGUGCCUGCCUGGGAUGCCGCCUUUGACGCCAAUAAUGUGGCGGAUGCCAUGCGGAUAUUAUCGACGCUUGAUCCGGUGCGUUCCCCGGCGCGUGACACCGAUCAUUGUGUUGUUGACGCCCUGCAGCGGCUUUUGUACACCGCUGCCAACGGCGGCGCUGACAGUUUCCGCGGUCUUCUUUUCUUAACAACUUUUACGACGAUCCAUGACUUUAGCCGGCGUGUGCACUCGACAAAGAUCCUAGCCAUACCCUUUAUGGAGAAUUUUUGGGUUUCGCUCCACCUGGAUGCUACGGCGAUGACCACAACCUCGCUUGCGCUGACACCUGCUAUCCGUUUGAUCCGCUGUUCUAUUGGGCCCUUGGUUCUUCGCAGUGCUAUUCAGCAGGCAUUGUCUCCUUUUUUGAAGCUGCAGCGUCACGUUCCCGUAUCACUACGUUUUGGUCGCUACAAUGUGCCAUGUGCCGCCCGCCACUCUUUUUUUUCUCUUCCCACUCGUUGCUGUACGGCGGGAGACUUUGAUUUGACGCGGAAGGGCUGCACCGAGGAAUGCAGUGGUGACAGUGCGAUUCUUUUUCUCUCUGGGCGACAUUUUUGUACCUCCCACUUUGAGCGAGAGCGGUGGGCCACGAAGGAGGUGGCGCUGACGGUGGAGGGCAUUUUAAGCAGCGACGCCGUGAGUGAGGAGCUGUUGUACGGGGACGGCUGGACGCUCUGCCCGAAGGAGACCGAGCCGUGCGAGCGCCGCCCCGAGGAAUGGAUGUACCAUCUCUCCAAGGAGUUGCAGGGAGACGUGCUCAUCCUUACAACCCAGCAGCCACACCUUGACCCACCGCACCAGAUAGCGCUGCCCGCAUCCACAUUUGUGGGUUUUUUUCUGCGACCGACGCUGCUGUACGUUCGCGCUCUCAUCCCACCGGAGCUGCUUGCGGAGCAGGUGGAGUCCGUGGGAGCGUGCGCCACCCGCUAUCGCCAUGACGCUGCCCUCUCGGACGAUAUCAAGAGGACGGCAGAUAAUUUACGCAGUGCCUCCGCCUCCACGCUUCUGAGGAGGCCUGUUGGCGUUUGUCGUGCAUUGGCGCAGCUGAGAAGGAGUCAACAGUUCACUUUGAAGGUCGAAAGUUCUCAGGGCCCCACGAAGCGCGGUAGUGCUUAUUCCCUUCACAGCCUUCACAGAUAG